AUGGCGACAAUUGCCGUCCCAAGACCCGCUCUGCCUCCAAAGAACGCAUCUCAGCGCGGAAACACUCCCGUCAACUCUCCCUCUCCACUUCAGACGCUCGGGUUGGCAUCGCCCCCACAAUUGCCUGGCUCCGUUCCCAUUCCGAUUCCCAAUAGCCCUGUCUCCCUCUCGUACACGCAUUCUCCCUCCCCAAGCCAUCCCCGAGCCCUGUCACAGGCUUCCCUGCUCUACCCGCCCGAUGACUUUGUCUGUAUUGAUGGCGACCACGUUUCGAUAUAUGAGAUAGAUGCAGCGAGCGUGGCCGAAGCCUUAGAUUAUGCCUCGAGACAGCUCCUCCCUCCCCCCUCGCUGGUCUUCCCCUGGCUGCACGGGUUGCAUCCGGACAACCACACGCAGCGGACCUAUUUCGAUGGCCACCAGUGCCCCCUUGGGAAUACGCCAAACUGCCUGAGGGCAAUCACCAUUGUCAAGGCAGAUGGCGACCUCAGCUUUGCUCGCCUCAAGGGCGCCAUUGCCCCGGCGGAAUUCAUGCGGCCCGGGGCAGCUCCCGAAUUCAUCGAUGCAGAUCCCCUGAUGGGCCUAUCUGUUCGUAACUUUCACAUCCAGCCUGCCAAAGUUGCUGCCACCUCGGACAUCAUCGUCUAUGGGUUGAAUCCUGACGAGACCCGGAGGGUUGCGUGGCAGAUUGCUGUCGCUCAACAACGAUGGCGAGAUAAACAGCAUGCACAGGCUAAAAACAUGCCCGUGUAUAAUACCUUCGUCUGUACAAGUCCAUUUUCUACCUUUGAGGAAAAUCAUGGUAGCCUGGUAGCCAUCGAUGUCUCCGGUAACUCUACCGGCCAGGUGCUGGACCUGGUGCAGCAAGAACACCAAGAGAUGCGGAACAUGACAGAAACCUCCGAGAUAUGCCACAACGUCUACUUGGGUCCUAGCCCGGAGCCUGGUAGUGUCGAGGAGCAACGAUUUGAUGUCCUCAUCGAAUGCAGUGAUACGGGCCGGCUGGAUCCAAGUGCCAUUCAAUUCAUUGCUGAGCAUCCUCGCGAGUUGCCCCGUCCAACUUCUAUUUGCUUUCCUUCCUCUGGGAGUAUCAUGCCCCCGACCUGGUCACAAGCUGAGGCCGACGCCAUUAUUAACACCUGUAAAUGGAUCCAUCACAUCUCCCAUAACACUGUACCCGAAUCCCAUUCCAUUAGCUCCCAGAAUAGCGAUAGCGAUGCUCUUCAGCAUUUCAAGUCUCAUAAAUCGACCGCCGACGCGGGAGGCCGAAAAAUCCUCAUCCACUGUCCCGACGGAUAUACAGAAUCAACUCUGCUUGCUAUUGCUUAUUUCAGUUAUGACACCGGGUUGCCUGUACCCGAUGCUUGGCUCAAGCUUCAUACGACUCAACGUCGCAAUUUCUUUGCUUAUCCCUCCGAUGUAUCGCUCCUGUCGGCCAUAGGUCCUCGCUUGCUGUGCCAAUCUCCAAUGUCCUCGGGAAAAGGCCUGGAUGACAUGACGAAGCUCAUGAGAGCCGAACCGUCGUGGUUUUCUGAUUUGGAUGGCUCGCUUCCUAGCAGAAUCCUGGAUUAUCUCUAUCUUGGUAACCUCGUCCACGCAAACAACCCGGAUCUCUUAGCGCAGCUUAACAUUCAUCAGAUACUUAGUAUUGGAGAAUCUGCGUCGUGGUCAGAGGAGGACCUGCAGAAAUGGGGCUCUGGAAACAUUUGCUUUGUCGAAGGUAUUCAGGACAAUGGUAUCGACCCAUUAACUAAAGAGUUUGGACGCUGUCUUGAAUUCAUUGACCGAGGAGUUCAGAAAGGCACGGCCACAUUGGUUCAUUGCCGCGUCGGGGUCUCCAGAAGUGCUACUAUCUGCAUAGCGGAGGUUAUGCGGGCGCUUAAUCUCUCAUUUCCACGCGCUUACUGUUUCGUCAGGGCUCGCCGCCUCAAUGUUAUUAUUCAGCCACAUCUGCUUUUUGCGUACGAGCUUUUGCGCUGGGAGGAGUUCCUUCGACAGAAAGGAGGCUCCUCGGAGCCAUAUAGAAGGGAAAUGGAAUGGGGGGAGAUUGCCAGAGAAAUUGCCCUCAUGAACCGCCCCUAUUCUAGAUGA